AAGCGGAAGUGAAUGUUGCGCGUGGGGAUUCCCCGAGGGAAGUUCCCAGCUCAUUGUAAAACAUGCAGAAUAUACAUUUGUACAAAAUACUUCAUUUCCUCUUGUUAAACGCCAAAAUAAACUGCUAGCAGCGUCGCGAUGUCCAAACUGCGCACAACUUUAAUACUUUGGAUUCUUACAGAGUGAAGAGUGUUUGUGUCUGCCUGGGACUGGAGCCCGGCACCGGCCCAUCCGGAAUGUUACUGAAGGCCACGGGAUGGACAGGAACAUCAGUGACCAGCUCAACAAAGCCUUCGAAGCGUACCGCAAUGCAUCUAUUGAGAAAGAUCUUGCCAAAAAGGAACUUCAGCAUAAGACGGAGCAGUUUCAGCGUCACACUCAACAGUUGGAGAAAAAGAUAGAAGAGCAAGAAAAGCUAAUUUCUCAUCUGAAAACUCAACUCGGUUUACUUCACAAACACACCUCAGGAGAGUUGAAACUCUGCGAAUCUGCAUACAGAAAACAGGAAGCGGAGAUCUCGGCACCUAACGAUCAGCACCCUGACAACCAGUCCACUUUCCACAGGACAAAUCAUUUCCUGAUAAGUGAUCCCACAGACCGUCCUGGUACGCUUUCCCAUUCAAUACCUGCUGCUUGUGGAGUAAAGAGCGAGGACGUUUUGGGCGCUCUGCAGGAAAUCCAGGGGACUUUCCAGAUCAUUCAAACGUUAGCGAGAAGACAGAAAGAUCACCUGAAGAGAAUACACAGCGGAAAGGAAACCACAAAUGAGCAGUUUUCCAUGCCCAUCCAGUGCACCGAUGACACAGAGGAACAAGCCCAGGUGCCUUUCCCCCCAGGAUUGAGGCCAGAGGUCAAGAAGGCCUCCGCACCCCUCGCGUCGCGCGGUGCUGGUCCAGACGGCACCCUUUUGGACUCCCUAAGAGGCCUGAGUGUCAAGUUUCCCCCGAGCCCAGACGCCGAGUACGAUUUUCUGAACAGUACGCCGGAUAAACGGGUGGAGUUGCCCGUGCUCAGGCCAGACCUGGAAGAUCACAUACACCCGAUGAGGGAGGAGUCUUAUUCUUCAUAUCCCACCACCUCUCCGUCCACUCACACGUCUGCAGCUUCAGCAUCGCUUGAAAGUGUACGAGGACCCCAACAGCUUUUUUGGACUCCAGACCUCCCGGACGCGUCCGGCCAGGCGUCGGGGACAGACGCUCAGCAGAUGAACAGCCGAAAGAAGUGUGCCUUUUGUGAGGAUGAUGUACCCCCAAAUGACAUGUAUAGCCACCUCAAUUCACACUUCAAGAACAAAGCUGACGAUUGACCCGUGCGGUCGAGGACUGAAACGGCCUUUAUUCUUGGCUUUUGUUGAGUAGCGUUCUGCCCGUCAGAACAUAUUUUCUCACAUACUUUAGUGUUUUAUUUAAUUAAAAAAAAAACGUUAAAUGAUCAUUAUAGGAUGGUUUAUUUCUUAAUUAAUCUUUUUAGUAAGAGGUAUUCCUAUGACUGCCAGUUUACUGUACAAAAGCUUUCUUUUAAGGUAAUUUAAUAUGAUAUGGCGAUCUAAAGGACAUUUGCAUCUCUGAGAAAAUCAUCUUUUUAUACUCGUGUCAUUAUUUGUAAUAGCGCUUUGUGAUGGUUUAAUCUAAAUUAAUCUGAAGUUUAAAUAUCUGGCCAUUCUUACCUUUAAAUAUCACAUAUAGUCUUUGCUCUGAAUAUCUUAAAUUAAAAAAAACAAAACGUUAAUUUUUAGAGUAUUAUAUAUUUUAUCAAAUGUCAAAGUAUCGAUGACUACAAAGUCUCGAUACGUACAAAUAUGUAUCUGCCAAACUAUUUAACCAUUAUGAGAGUUUCGACUUUAACCACUGAACUAUUGUUACCACAACUUGAAUUUAUGGGACGUGCGGCAGAAUUUUAAUUCAUAGGCCCAAUGAAAGGGUCAAACCCAAGAGCAGUGGUUCUCAAACUGGGGGCCGUGUUUUUAUAAAAUACAUGACUUUAUCAUAAAUUCUAUGUAAUUAAACCUCAGAAAAAUAAGGCUACUAACCAGCAGCACUACAUUGUGUAAUUGAAUGUUUUGUUUCAUUCAAAUUUUAAGUUUUAAAAUAUUUUAUGUCAUAAUUUUUGUUUGGGGGGCCACAAAGCAAAGCACCGUACAACAUACAGGGGGGGCGCACCCCGAGAAAGUUUGAGAACCACUGUCCUAGAAGACAAUAUUGUUAUUGUUUAUCCAAAAUCUGUUUUGUAUAAAGUGCUUAUUUCAUUUGUAAAUACCACUAUUGCAUCUGACUGUCAGGUGGACCCCAGUCUGUAUACAAAUAUACAAUUUUUAUAUGCCUAUUUAUCCUAUUGUGAUGUUGUUUGAUAUCUAAAGCGCUUCGAGUUCUAGUCACGGCUGUAAAUUUAGUGGUCACUGGAAGUUUUUUUCCCUUGAAAUGUUGUGGAAGUAAUAACUCUUAAUUGCUUUAAUUUGAUAACUUAAUUUUAAUUUGUACCACCUGUAUGAAGAAUCUGCUGAGAAUGAGAAAUCAUUUCUACAUAAUUAUUUCAACGAUAAACACCAUCUGGUCUACGAAAGCACUCUUGCACAUGUAUUACAAGCUCGCUUUAUAAUUACACGCACAAUUAUCUUAUGAUUUUUAAUGCAUUAUUAUGUGGCCUUCUUGCCUGUCUCAGAUGUGUGUUUAUGGGCCCUGUGGUUCAUCCAGAUGAAUGCACGAGCGAAAAGUACUCGACUGGCCAUCGUCUGAAUUAGAUGCUUAAAUACCUCUAAUACCACAACAUUCUAGCUUGGUUUUUUUAAUAUUGCAUUGUGUUUUCACACGCUCAUAACACAUUAUACCUCUUUAACUGCACAGUGCACUGUUGUACAGAUGUGCUUGUGUUUUAAUCCAUGUCCUUGAUGCUGCAUUGGACUGUGGGUGUGGAUAAUUAGCAGUUGCGUAAACAAACCUAGGAAUUCUCACUAACUAGUGAUGAUGCGUUAGGCAGAAAGGGAAAUGUGUGUAGUGGCAAACGUGUGUUUGCGGUGAAGACCUUAUCGUGCCCCGGAUUACAACAUGCUAACGCGCGCGAUAGAUGAGCUGGUGUGAAAAAGAGGAACUACUUUAUGUUGCUGUUGUUUUGUUUUUUUUGCACUUGUAGACGCUGUUUGCGCUUGGGGAUGAUUCACUGAUCGUUUGUUAAGGAGAAAAUUUACAAGAUUACGUAAAGAUCAGUCGUUGAUAC